GUUGGUUGCGAUGUUCCCUCCCACCCUCCUGACAUAAUGCAUCCUCAUAGCGGGUGUCUCCUUGUUCCGCUGUCUUGCGUCCCUAAUAUUCCAGUCUUCUGCAAGACGCCUGAGCUGAUUCCAAACAACGUGAUAAGAUGGCGCAUCCGCCAGUCCAGUCGUCAAGUUCUUGUGAGUUGAUGCUACCCCCAACCCUUCGACAUCCCGACAUCCCGACAUCCCCUCGCAACUCCUGUCGGUGUUCGCAAACGCCUCACUGAAAGACCACCAUCCUCGUCCGCUGGCCAGCUGGGGACUGAGGUGACCAACCAUGGCCGAUUCCGUUAUCCGUACCGAGUCACAGGGUCUCCUUAUUGUUGGCAUCGCGGUCGGCUUCGUCGUUGCCUUGGGUAUCAUCAUACUGCUACGUCUCUACGCAAGACUUAUCCUUCUAGGGGUGGCGGGCCCAGAUGACUGGACUAUUCUGGCAGCAACGGGCAUUGCCAUUAUCGACGCGGUGUCGACUGCAAUGGAGGCGAAAUACGGCAUGGGCAGACAUAAGGAGGCCGUUUCACCGGAGGAUAAUAUGGAGCAGCUGAAGUACUUGUAUGUCGCCAUUCUCCACUACAAUGUGGGCAUGAACAUCGUCAAAAUUUCGUUCCUGUUCCAAUACCGCCGCAUCUUCCAAUCGUCGAGGGUUCAUAAAGUCUGCUUCUGGGUGAUAAUCGGCGUCAUCCUCUGGGCUUGUGUCCAGGCCACUCUCCUCGGCACCUCGUGCCUACCCAUCUCCAUCCUCGUGCCCAGCACCGCAGGUUGGUGCCUGGACACGCUGCCGAUCUGGUACUUUUCGUCGGCCAUGAGCAUCGCGACAGACAUUCUCAUCUUUUGUAUUCCGCUGCCGUCGGUUUUGAAGCUCCAACUACCCAUGAAGCAGAAGGUCAUGGUCAUACUUAUUUUCUGCUUGGGUUUCUUUGUUUGCAUCAUCUCCGUCUAUCGCAUGUGCACCCUCCGUGAGGCUGUUUUCAGCGAUGAUCCCCCGUGGAACGGCGCCGGCGCUGCCAUCUGGUCCGUCAUCGAACUGAAUUGCGCCAUCAUCUGCGCCUCGCUGCCCACACUACGCCCCUUGAUAGCUAAGGUCGUACCUGGCAUGUCAUCCAACCACAGUAACUAUGCCAGCUACGAGCGUUACGGGUCCCAGUAUGCUACUGGCCCCAACUCGCGAAUACGCGCCCGCGUCUUGGCCAAGGACUCCAAAAGGAGCCCGCGAAGCAUCAGCACUGAAGAGCUGGCCCUGAACGACAUGGACUCGAGCCUGCAGGGCGGUAUGCCCAGUGUGUAUGUGGAGAGCAGGGGCGGGCAUCCGGAGCACGACCAUCCGAAGCAUAUCAUGGUAACAACAGAGACGUCGGUGAGCAAGCACUAGGGAAUGGACGUGCUUUUGGUGUCACGCACGAAAUCACUACAAGAAUGGCGGCCACGUACUUCAUUUUCCCGCACUGGGAUUGUCUAUUCAUGGGACGUUAGUAGGAAUCUCAGGCUGGCGAAUCUAUCUACAUCUAUCUACUAAGGCCUCAGGUAAAUAGAUGUAGACGCUUAGUAAUCAGUUUCGAUAUAGAUAGAUAGACGUAAGCUACAUGUAGAUGUAGAUAGUAGGGAUUGGUGAGGUUUCAGGGUCUCAGGACCAGAAGUCGGAAAAGAAUGUAACGAGAUUUAAUGUUGUGGGCCCUAUGAGGCGUAUCCUCCCGGGCGGAAUAAAUUCAUUCAUUAGAUGUAGAUAGAUCUCAGUAGAUAGAUGACGCACGGACGGUGCUACCCUUGGUCUACAGCCUCAACCAUUUCCUCAUUCAUAUCCUUUAGCAACC